UUCCCCGUCACUCGUCACUCGUCACUCGAAGCAAAACAAAUUGCGUCCUUGUGGUUUGGCAUCCAACUGCACAUCCAAUCCAAUUUCUUCACUAAACUUCAACAGAGAUUUAGAGAACUUUAGACGGAGAUCCCCCAAUAUAUAAAUCUCUCACUCUCCAACUCCUCCUUUGUUCCUGCUCCUGGGGUCUUUGGUGAAGAAAAAUAUUAAUUAAAUCUUUGAUCCAAUGGAGAACGUGAUGGGUCUGCUGAGAAUUCACAUCCAAAAAGGAGUCAACCUUGCCGUUCGAGACAUGAGAAGCAGUGAUCCUUACGUAGUUGUCAACAUGGGCAAGCAGCAGAAACUCAAGACUCGGGUGGUGAAGAAGAAUGUGAAUCCGGAGUGGAACGAAAAAGUGACUCUUUCAGUUGCAGACGCAAUUUUUCCAAUCAGGCUUUCUGUGUAUGACAAAGAUACAUUUAGUUUCGAUGACAAAAUGGGGGAUGCAGAGUUUGAGAUUGGUACAUUUAUUAAAGUCUUGAGGAUGGGAUUGGAAGGCCUCCCAGAUGGAACCAUAAUUACAAAAGUACAACCAAGUAGAAAAAACUGCCUUGCUGAAGAGAGCUACAUUGUUUGGUCCAAAGGCAAAGUUGUCCAAAACAUGGUCCUCAGACUGAGGAAUGUGGAGUGCGGGGAAGUGGAACUGCAGUUGCAGUGGAUUAAUGUUCCUAGUUCUAGAGGUCUGUAGAUUUGCAUCCGCUAGCUCUUUCAAUCGGUAUAACCUUGCACCUAGAUAACUUCGUUGUCGUGUGUUUUGUUCAUAGAUGUCAAAGUAGAGUGAUAAUGUAGAGGGCUACAUAUCCACAUAUGUAUUGCUAUCAAUCGUAUGGGAUGUGAGAAAACAAAUUUGACAGCUUGAUCAUGAUGUAGAACUGCUAGAUUACGCUAGAGCUUGACAAGAAUAAACCCGAUAACUUUACAUUUUA